AUGGAGAAGUAUGUUAGACUACAGAAGAUUGGAGAAGGCUCAUUUGGAAAAGCUGUUCUUGUUAAGUUCACGGAGGAUGGCAGGCAUUAUGUUAUCAAGGAAAUUAACAUUUCAAGGAAAAGAGAAAAUGAGGACAUCACUCUUUUGUUAGAGGAAGAAACUGAAUCUCAGAGUCCAAUGAAAAAUCGCAAGAGUAUUAAGUGUGAGUUUGAGACCUUGGGUGUAGAAGUGUCCAACUUUGACCCUGAAGGGCUGCUGAGGCUCAGGUUGGUGGUGAAGGUAAGGAGCUCAGAUAUUUCUCUACCUUUGGAGCAUCAAGAAAUGGGGGAUUCUCCAUCAAAGCAGCAAAUGAGACCUGUUAUUUCUGUGACUUCGGCUUUGAAAGAAGUGGGCCUGGAUGGAAAUUUAACUGAAACCCAAGAAACUUCAGAAGAAAUGCAAAAGAGCAGCAAUGCUGUUUCAAGCAAGCGAGAAAUACUGCGUAGGCUAAAUGAGAAUCUUAAAGCUCAGGAAGAUGAAAAGGAGAAUCACCAUCACUCAGAUUCUUGUGAGGUCGCUGGUCACAAGGAUGCCAAGGAGUAUGAGAAAGAAAAUGCCAUUUCCUCUGAUCGCAAGAAGUGGGAGGUCGGAGGUCAGCUUGUGAUUCCUCUGGAUGAAGUGACACUGCAUACAUCCUUCUCUGCCUCUGAAAAACCUGAUGAUUUGGAGACAGAAGUUCUCCAAGAGCCAAGUAGCACAGACACAGAUGGAAGUUUGCCACGUGCUGUUAAUGAUGUGUGGAUUAGUGAGGAAGAAGAAGCUAAGGAAACAGAGUUGGAAGAUAAGGUUGCUGAGCAGCAGAGUGAGGUUUGUGAAGGCAGCAUUCCAGGGAAUGUGGAGCAGUCUCGUGAGGAUCAUAUAGAGCCUGCAGUAGAUGAUUCUCAGCAGUCCAGAUGUGACGUAGAGAAGUCAGUACCGCCAGAACCAUUCUUCCAGAAAGUGGCUCAGUCUGAGCACUUGAGCGUAGUUCAGUCAGAACCAGUUUCACUCCGAUCUCGCUCUGAUUCACCACCAAAAGCUAAAACCAAGAACUCCUUACUGAUCAGGCUUUCAACUGGUCUAUUUGAUGCAAACAACCCAAAGAUGCUGAGGACAUGCUCACUCCCAGAUCUUUCCAAGCUGUUCAGAACCCUGAUGGACGUUCCCACUGUAGGAGAUGUUCAUCAGGACAGUCUGGAGAUAGAGGAGCUUGAAGAUGAGCUCAGUAAAGAUUCUGAAGACACUGUGUUUGAAGAAACUGACACAGAUUUACAAGAGCUUCAGGCCUCAAUGGAGCAGCUGCUCAGGGAGCAGCCCGGUGAUGAGUACAGCGAGGAGGACGAGUUGGCCUUAAAGAGCAGCGAAGUGGAGCGGACAGCAAGAGGGACAGACGCCGCCGACGAGGACGACAACCCCAGCAGCGACAGUGCCCUGAAUGAGGAGUGGCACUCAGAUAACAGUGACGGUGAGACUGCUAGUGAAUGUGAAUAUGACAGCGUCUUCAACCACUUAGAGGAGCUGAGACUUCACCUGGAGCAGGAAAUGGGCUUUGACAAGUUAUUUGAGGUGUAUGAGAAAGUAAAGGCUAUUCAUGAGGAUGAAGAUGAAAAUAUUGAAAUUUGUUCAACAAUAGUUGAGACUAUUUUGGGCAAUGAGCAUCAGCAUCUCUACGCCAAGAUUCUGCAUUUAGUCAUGGCAGAUGGAGCCUAUCACGAAGAUAAUGAUGAAUAAUCCUCAGGACAUCCUUUAAUAUUCAACUAUAUGAAAACAUUUGAACUUGGCUCAUAAUACAAGCUUCCUGGGCAAUAAAGAUUAUUUAUGAGAAAUGCCAGAUUUAAGAUAGGCAUGCUUAUUGCAUGAAAAAUUUGAGAAGUGUGUUUUUUCUUACAUUUUAUCUAUUUUAUUUUGUUUAUUGGAUUCUAUAGCUGACUCAUAGGUUCCUAUAGAAUGUAUAUGUCUUUAACUCAGUCCACCAAAGCUUUGACUCAGAACUGGAAUUAAUAGUGUUAAAAUUCACCACAAAAGAAGGAACUAAUUUUAGCAACAGUCUUUCUGUGGAAGGAGUUGCCUGUAUCAUAAGAGGCCUACCACUAGGGUUUCAUUUCAGUUUUAGCAUCACUUUUUUUCCGUCUAGGAUUUUUCAUCCUGGCUAGCAGGUUUGCAUUAAAUAAUUCUUGUCAAGGGCUCUAUUCAAAUCUCUACAUUUGGAAGAUGAAAUUUUAACCUUGAAGUUUGUAUUCUCAAGUCAUUUUUCAACCAAAUACUGAAUCUCCUGAGCUAGCCCGGUGGAAACAGACUGUGGAAAUAAUCCUAAAAAUCAUUGAAAGAUUUCAUUAUGAAGGAAUAGCGAAGCUGUAUUUCCUGACACUUAAAAGUUCUUUAAUUUCUUCUGUUUCUCUUUAAGGACCAGAAAUAGUGUGUCUAAAAAUCAGGCUAUAAAUUUAAACGUGGACCUAGAAAAUAGCAUAAAAUCGUCCUUUUGGUUUUUAACCCCUCUCAUAUAUGUGCCUCAGUGUCACCUGCUAAAAAGGAGGGAGCCUUUGUUUUCAGCACCCUGACAGUUUGGUAACUAGUAUGGGGAAUGUUUGCCUGUCCUGUUCAGAACGAGGAUGGAACCAGGUCAUCACAAUGAUGGUCACAUGGUUUCAGUUAUGUGAAACUACAUAUGGGAACAGUUAUAGUUUCAGAAUAUGCCAAGUAUACAUGGCUUCAUUGUCUACAGUCCGAAUGUUCCUAAUAAGACCAGAAAUGUGUGCUUCUUAGGGUACCAGUCAACCUGAUGGGCAUAAUCUGUCAUCUGAAAUGUGGAUUCUUAUUACUAUUAGUACUGUAUUGACUUUAUUAUGUAUAUUAUUUCUAACAUCCAGAACUAAAUAGUUGAUUUUAUAUUUUAUUUUGUACUAUUAAAUUUGUAU